GAGAAGACCCCGGGUCCCAGCAGCAGGGUGGCCUGCAGGCCACAGUGGGGGUGCACCACCGCAGAGUGGAAGCUGGCACCAUUGCCAAGAAGAAGCUUGCCAAGGCCAAGUAUAAGGAGUGAGGGAACUGUCUUGGCUGAGGACCAUCUGGCCCAGAUGUCGAAGCAGUUGGACAUGUUCAAGACCAACCUGGAAGAAUUUGUCAGCAAGCACAAGCAGGAGUUCUGGAAGAAUCCUGAGUUCUGGAUGUAGUUCCAGGACAUGUGUGCCAACAUGGGGGUGGAUCCUCUGGCCUGUGGAAAAGGAUUUAGGUCUGAGAUGCUAGGCAUGGGAGACUUCUUUUACAAGCUGGGUGUCCAGAUUAUCGACGUGUGCCUGGCCCUGAAGCACCGGAAUGGAGGUCUGAUAACUCUGGAGGAACUACAUCAACAGGUGUUAAAAGGAAGGGGCAGAUUCUCCCAGGAUGUCAGCCAAUACAACCUGAUAAGGGCCAUGAAGAAACUAAAGGCACUUGGUACUGGCCUCAGCAUCAUCCCUGUGGGUGACACUUACCUCAUUCAGUCUCUUCCAGCUGAGCUCAAUAUGGAUCACAUUGUGGUGCUGCAGCUGGAAGAGAAAAAUGGCUAUGUGAUUGUCAGUGAUAUCAAAGCCAGUCUUAAAUGGGAGAUGGAGCAAAUGCAGCAAGGGCUGGAACACCUGCUGAAGGAAGGGCUGGCUUGGCUGGACCUGCAGGCCCCAGGGGAGGCCCACUCCUGGCUGCCAGCUCUCUUCACUAACCUCUACUCCCAAGACAUUAUAGCUGAGGAGGCCAGGGAAGCUGUCCCCUGAUUGGGAAUGUGGAAGGGGGCACAGCAGCAGGCAGGGAGAAGAAGGAGGAGCUGGUGGUGAAUAAAACCUAGACUUUGUUUUAAAAAAGAACCAAGAAAAGAAAGAAAAUAUUUUUAAAUAGACAUACCUAAAAUGUAAUUAUUCCUAAAGAGUUCAUCUAAAAACUCUUAACUCAUUUACCUGUAUUUCAUCACUUAAUGACAAUAUCAUCAUACCGAGUUGAUUUUCCUUCUCUUUGUUUUAAAAAUUGAAGUAUAGUUGAUUUACAAUGCUGUGUUAGUUUCUGGUGUACAGAAAAGU